AUGACUCACAAUCAUAACUUUCGUGUCGUUGGUGGACGUCAUCCUGUGACUGACUGUGUCUGUGAUCCGCUCUGUAGAGGAGGGAAGGACGGCACUUUGUCAGUGGAGAAGAUGACAGAGUUCAUCAACAAUACGCAGAGAGACCCCAGACUCAAUGAGAUCCUGUACCCACCUCUACGCCCGGCACAGACACGCGCUCUGAUGGAGAGGUACCAACAAGACCAGGCACAGCUGAAUCAAGACUUGAUUUCUCUCCAGGCCUUCUCCAGUUAUCUGUCCAGUGACGAGAACACAGUUAUUCCUCCUGAAAAACUGGACCAGUCUGAGGACAUGAGCUUCCCCCUGUCUCACUACUUCAUCAACUCAUCACAUAACACAUACCUGACAGCGGGUCAGCUGGCAGGCAGCUCCUCGGUGGAGAUGUACAGGCAGGUGGUCCUGGCAGGAUGUCGCUGUGUGGAAUUAGACGUGUGGAAAGGACGGACGACAGAAGAGGAACCAGUCAUCACUCACGGCUUUACCAUGACAUCAGAAAUAUGUUUCAAGGAAGUGAUUGAAGCCAUUGCAGAAUGUGCCUUCAAGACAUCACCCUUUCCUGUCAUCCUCUCCUUUGAGAACCACGUGGACUCCUUGAAACAGCAGGCCAAAAUGGCUGAAUAUUGUCGAUCCAUUUUCGGAGACGCUCUGUUGAUUGACCCUCUGGAGAAAUAUCCGCUGGAGUCAGGUGUCCCCCUGCCCAGUCCUUUGGAACUGAUGGGUAAAAUCCUCAUCAAAAACAAGAAGUCCCACAAACCUUCGGGUGGCACCAGUACCAAAAGAAUGACAGACCAACUAGCCAGUCAGAGCAGUGACCUAUUGACUCCUACUAACAACAAAGGAGAGCUGGAUGCUGAGAGUGAGGAGGAGGAUGAUGAUGAAGACGAUGAUGCUAAAAAGGGCUCAGCAGAGUGGGAGGCCGUGGCCACAGAAGAAAUGUCAACUCUGGUCAACUAUGUCCAACCAACCAAGUUCAACUCUUUUGAAGCAGCAAAGAAGGCGGCUCGCUGUUACCACAUGUCCUCCUUUGUGGAGACGAAAGCUUUGGAGCAUCUCACAAAGUCACCAGUGGAGUUUGUGGAAUACAACAAGUCCCAGCUGAGUCGUAUUUAUCCAAAAGGAACCAGAGUGGACUCUUCUAACUUUAUGCCUCAACUCUUCUGGAAUGCUGGAUGUCAACUGGUGGCUCUCAACUACCAAACUAUUGAUUUAUCUAUGCAGCUGAAUCUCUCCAUGUUUGAAUACAACGGUCGGAGUGGCUACAGACUGAAGCCUGAGUUCAUGAGGAGGCCGGACAAGCACUUUGACCCCUUCACGGAGAACACCGUGGACGGCAUUGUAGCAAACAUGCUCUCUGUGAAGGUGAUUUCCGGCCAGUUCUUGACUGAGCGGCGGGUGGGUGUGUACGUGGAGGUUGAGAUGUUUGGACUACCUGCAGACACCAAGAGGAAAGCACUGAAGACGAAAACCUCUCAGAACAACGCCAUCAACCCAGUGUGGGAUGAAGAACCAAUCAUCUUCAAGAAGGUGAUCCUUCCAACCCUGGCCUCGCUGAGAAUCGCAGCUUAUGAGGAAGGAGGAAAGUUUAUCGGCCAUCGGAUCAUUCCCGUCUUGGCCAUAAGACCCGGUUAUCGUUACAUCGGCUUGAGAAGUGAGAAAAACCAGUCCCUUAUUCUUCCAGCUGUUUUUGUCUACAUCGAAGUCAAAGACUACGUCCCGGACACUUUUGCAGAUGUCAUAGAGGCUUUGUCCAACCCCAUUCGUUACGUCAACCUAUUGGAACAAAGGUCUAAACAGCUGGCAGCUCUUACAUUGGAGGACGGGGAGGAGACACAAACUGAGGAGGAAUCUGAACCAUGCACUGAGACUGACUUGAAGUCCGAUCAACUGGAAAAUGGGCUCAACAACGCUGCCGGUCCUGCAGGACACACCCCUGUCCCCACGAUGCCCAAAACUGCAGCGGCUAAUAAGCAAGCUCCUCCGACAGAUGCAGCCAAACCGGCAGCAAGGACCGAAGACCUGGUUUUAAGUGUUUUAAUAGAUGUCCCAGUUUGCACCCUGAACGGUCUGCAGCAUUCUAAAGUGUACCAAAAGGAGCAGAGGCGUCAAUUCAAAGAGCUGAAGGAGCUGGUCAGACGACACCAGAAGAAAACGUCUGAGCUGCUGCGAGAGAUUAACAACAAGCACAAGAAAACUGUCCGACGCUGCAGCAAGAGCCGUGAAAAAGAAGAUAAUCUCCAACAGCUGAGAGAAGAGCAGCAGCAGCAGCUUCUGGCUGCACGGCAGGAGCAGUACUACAGCCAGAAGUACCUGCAAAAAGAACAUAUCAGAAUGUUAACAGAGCGACUUGGCAGUCUGGCUGAGGAGAGUCACAACAGUCAGAUGAAGAAACUCAAAGACAUUUGUGACAAGGAGAAAAAAGAGCUAAAGAGACGGAUGGACCAAAGGAGAACGGAGAAAAUCAACCAAGUCAGGACCAAAGAAAAACAUCUGGCUCAAGAGGAGAAGAUUGAGAUCAAUAAGUCCUAUAUCAAUGAAGUUGUCCAGAACAUAAAACGCCUUGAAGAAAUGCAGACUAAGCGGCAUGACCAGCUGGUGGAGCAACACAAUGCGCUCCUGCAGGAGAUACAAGAGCAGAAACCCAAGCUGCAGGGCGUGGUUGAGGCCGAGUUUCAGGAGAAGUUUCAGCGUUUGCCGGGGGAGAUUCGAGACUUUCUGCAAGAUAGAAAGACAGAGGUCAGGGGUCAAAGCAAGUCCCGAUCGUCGACCCCUCAUGACACUCUGUCAGAGGAAGACUGAGAAUGAAACGAAAUCAAAACUAACGGCAAGCUGGUGGAAAAAAAAGACUGUUAACUGCACUGUUUUAAUGGACAAAUACGUUAAUGUUGUCUGUAAAAAGUCCCUCCCAGCAUGCACUCUGUUGCAUUUCAGCAUUGUAUGAAGGCCUGUUGAAUGAGGUUUCCUGUUACUUUACCUUCAAAUUAGUUAAGUUAAUUUUUACCAUCUAUACACUUGACUGUCUAUAUUAUCUUUACUGAUUAGUAUGCAUACAUUUUAGGAUUAUUUAUAUGAAAUAUUUCCUGUAAAUAUGUUAAAAUCCACAACAAUCGAUGUUCGAUAAUAUCGGCCAGUUGGCGGGCAUGGUAGAAAAAAAAUUGAGAAACACUCCUUUAACCCAUUACUUUCGUGAGCUGCAAUUAAACUUUCGUAACCACCAGGCCACCACUGCCCCCUAUGUCAGUAUCGGUAUAUUGAUAUUGGCAUCUGAAAUUAAGUGUUUGGAUAAUAUCGGCAUAUCGUUAAAAAGUUAAUAUCGUACAAAAAAAACGAUAAUAAAGUGUGCCGUUUCAUAAGCUGGAAGACAUCUAAUUUUAGAAUAAAUUUAAUCCCUAAUCCUAACUUCAUACUGUUGUACAGCUAAAGCUUUUUACCGAACUACGUAAAGUACAGUUGUCAUCGACUUACGUCGCAAAGUUUCCGCAACGCAAUCUAACUCGAUUUUCAGCGUAAGUCUGACCCCGCAUACUGUAUUUAAGUACCUGUGUCACUCACCGACGCUAUCACAGCGCUAACAUCGUAAUGUAGGACAUGAAAACAUCAGAAGAGUCUGACUUAUGCCUGGGAGCCUUGCCGAAGGGUAAAAAAAAAA